AUUGACACCUGAUUGUCAAUAUUAAAUCAGACAUUAGUCAAAAUUUCCGUGUUUAUUUAGCAUUUACUUAACUUGAAAAUUAUGAUUUUGAGAUCUAAUAAAAUUGUGAGUUGUUAAAAAAUAUGUUGCAACGGGCUUUAAUGUUGAUAUUGUGCGCUUUGAAUAUACAGCAAGGACGGAAAUGUAGGCUCAAUUCUCGGUUGCACUUCUCGGAGCCACUACCUAUUAUAAUACGGGAUGGGCGGCUUCUGGAACCCGACGACAACUUCGGUAACGUUGAUUUGAAUUACGGCGAUUCCUUGAUACUAAGCUGCGAAGGUAUGGGAACUAUAGACCACCCAAACGCUCAUCAUGAACUACCAACUGCUACUAUAAAAUGUGAAGGAGGAGACACUUUCCAAAACGAGGAGUGGCUAAACGCCCCAGCGCCAUUCUCUCUUUUCAAAUGUAAAUUCCCCCCAAACUACAGUAGCAGGCGAACAGACCGUUUAUGCUUUGAAGGCAACCGAAUUAUAGAAGUCGGGUACUACGUCCAAAACGAAUUCUAUCCACUUUAUGAGACAUGUUUCAAUGAAGCUGGUAUGAAUGCUAUCUACUCAAAGUACACGCAGAAACCUUACAACUCUUUGUACCAAACAAAAGUUAUCCGACCUUUUUUCAUUGCUAAUGAUCAUUACGGCUACAUUCCUGUCGAUUCCUUGUUUUCACCGAGAGGGCAAAAAGCGGCCGUGGCGCAAUUAGUCGGACCUAUGAUAGACAACUAUAUCACGAAGACAGAAUUCCUUUCGAGAGGUCACUUGGCUGCUAAAACUGAUUUCGUGUUCGCAUUUGGCGAACGCGCGACAUUCCACUACGUGAACUGUGCUCCUCAAUGGACAGGUUUCAAUGGCGGCAAUUGGAAUACUUUGGAAGUGGAUCUGAGGAAUCAUAUACACGUGGCUGGGUACAAUACGAUCAUUUAUACAGGAACGUUUGGAGUGACGAAGCUUCACAAUGUAAAUGGGCGAAGAGUGGAGAUCCACCUUCAUACCGAUGACAACAAUAACCCUGUGAUACCAGUCCCGGAGUACUUUUACAAGGUGGUUUAUGAAACGACGAGGAGAUGUGGGAUCGCCUUCGUUGGGAUCAACAACCCUUACUACACACAGAUUGAGGCGCGACAGAGGUUCUUCUGCGACGACUUGUGCCGUCAUAAUAAUAAUUUCUCGUGGUUGACUUGGCAUCCUGAUAAUCCCAGUGAAGGCUAUACCUUCUGUUGUUCGAUUUCAGAUUUCAGGUCGACAGUCCGACACCUACCCGCGCUACACGUAAAUUGUCUUUUAACGUGACGUGAUGUGCGCGUUUCUAGUUUUCCCAGUAUAUUUAAGUCCUAAAUAAAUUAUUCAUAACGUAAUGAAAUGUUUCCUUUGAAUUUAGGUCUUUAAAUUUCGUGGCCUGUUAAAGUUAAUUAGGUGUUAAAUUGAUGUUUAGUUAUUAAGUAUUUUGUGAAACAGUCUGUGGUUUAAUUUA